UUGUUCUUGCUCACCAACUCCUUUUGUUUCUGGGACUUUUCAGGAGGUCAGCGUGGAUUUGUAGCACAGGAAGAUGCGUGCAUUCAUGAAGAAAAUGUGCAUCUUUCUAUAGCUCUACUAGUUUCCUUCCCUAAAAGUACAACCUAUCCAGUGAAGCUUAUUCCAGAAAUGAGCUGGCUAAAGAACAUACAGUAUUGACCUGAACAGAUCGUGUACUGUUCAGUGCAGGAAUGUAGAGGCCACAAAGAGGUUAAAAAUCAUGGUGAUGCAAAUGGACUAUCCAGCACCUGUGAGACUGCCAUCCACUGCCGGAGACCUGAGAACGCCAUUCUCAGACACGGUCAAAUACUGCAUCUUGGGCAUCUCAGUCACUCUUCUUCUGCUGGCACUGGUGAUCUUGGCAUGGCAGACCUUCAGAUGCUGCACACAGAGACACUCCACAUACACGCAGCAAGACACCUUGAACAAUGAUCUGCAGUCGUUGGAGGAAAAGCCAGGAACGUCAGGAAACUACUCAGGAGCUCCAAGUACUAGGGUGGAGGAUGCAAACAAAGAGGUCUAUAGGCUGUGUCGCUGUCUGUCUCAGACUUCAUUAUCCCCCUCGGAAUCCAUCCAGAGAGAGGAAGACGUGGGAGAGCAAGUUAACAUUAGAAAGGAACUUGAUGGAACGCUACGUUUCUCCAUCUUUUAUGACCAGCUGCAGUCCUGUCUGGUGGUCACCAUCUUGCAGGUGGAGGGGCUUAUAGAGCACAGUCAGAAGGGCAACCUCCAUCCAUUUGUUAAGAUAAGUCUCAUGUGGGCAGGUUCACAUGGAGUGGCAUUGGAGAGCUGUACGAAUGAGGAGGGCCAAGGGCUGACACCUGGGAUGUGGACAGUGCUGCAGGAGUGGCGUACUCGCAUUGUGAAAGGCAGCUGUAACCCUUUAUUUGGAGACCAGUUUAGCUGUGUUUUACAAGAAGAAAAGGAGCUGAAUAACAUCAACCUCAGGAUAGAGGUGAGGGACUUUGACAGAUUCUCAAGACACACGGUGUUAGGAGAGGUGAGGGUUCCUCUAGGGCAGCUCAACAUCUCCUACCCUCUGGAGUUACAAGAGGAUCUACAGAGACCCCAGAAGGAUCUUGUAGGAGAGGUGCUUCUGUCUUUAAAGUUCCUUCCCACUUCUCAGAGACUGGAGGUUGGACUGCUAAAAGUCAGAACAGUCCUGCCAGAAAAAUGCUCAGAUACAGCUCUGUAUGCAAGGAUCAGUGUGCAGUGCAACCACUGCAAGUUAAGGUACCAAAAAACCUCUGCCAUGACCCACUGCCUGGUGACCAUUUUCAAUGAGGUCCUCAUGUUCUCCCUGCCAGAGUUUCCUCUUGAGCAAUGCAAAAUUUUAGUUUCUGUGUAUGAGACUCGCCUGACAAGGAAAUCCCCCAAACAUCUAAUUGGACAGUUGACUGUGGAAAAAGAGAGGAGUAGGGAAGACAAGCACUGGAGCUUAAUGAUGGCCUCUGUUCGCCAGCCAAUUGCAAAGUGGCACGGCCUGCUGAUUUGAAUUUCUUGUUGCUUGUAUAUCAGGCUGCAAAGGAUCAGCGCUUGCCUACCUACAGAACAUGCAAGGACUUAUCCUACCCCCUGGGACUCUUCAGUGGUUUGUAGACAUUUCUGCUACAAUCAGGACAGUGGAGUAACAACAUUAUUUAAAUUCAACUCAGUUUACUUGUUAACUGACCUGGCUACUUAUCCCUCUUGUUUCACUUUUUAUCUCAUCAUGUUGAUGUUACAACAAAGAUCUGACAUUUAGCCUCCUGAUUUGUGAACAAGUUUGCACUAACUGUUCUCAUGUUGUAAAUGUGCUGGUUGUUUUAUGCUGUUUUCAUUUUUUACUGUUUUUUGUGCAUGAGGAACUGCCUCCUCUGUGUUAUUGAAAUGUAUAUUGAAAGUAAAAUAACUAAUGGAACUAUCAAGACCAUACUGUAAGCAGGUCAAAACCACUUCAAAACAACCACUAGAGGGAGGCGGAGGGCUGUUUUAGCCAGGAGUCAGCCAGCACUCAAUGUAGACCCAGAGAAGCCAGAGAAUGGAAUACUAAAAUUGGCCCAAUAACAUGUACUAAGUCAAACUAGAAAACCGGACAUAAACAUAAGACUUGAAAAUAGCUGACUUAUCUCAACUGGUCAACACAUGAGCAAAGGCACUGUUUGUCAACAGGCAAGGCAGGCAACUGCUUAAAGCCCCAGACCAGUUAGGUGGCCCACAAUGGCUGAUAAACUUAAACCACAGCAGUGGCUCAAAAUUAGCAAAGUUUGCAAUGACAGUUGGAAACCUCCCUAAGGGGGCCCCACUUGACAUCACUCAAUCAUAUAAUAGUAAAUGACUUGAAUUAGACUUUUCUAGCCCUCAAU